AUGGCUAACCGAGAGGACCCGCUGGCCUACGGCCACUAUUACGGCCAAGACGGGACUCGUGGCGGUCAAGGUGAAAGCACAAGGGGUUUUGUUGGAGAUACCUUCAAGAAGCUCAAGGAAACUUAUAAGAGCCAUCAUUCGCAACAGGGACCUCCCAGGCCCCAGCAGCCUCAAGGCUCCCAGUCUCAGACACAAGGGUCUAACCAAGACUACUACGGUGGUCAGAACUACAACGAGCAGAGCUCGUCGCAGAACACAUACGGCCGUCCCCCUCAGUCGCAGUAUCAAGAUAAUAGUAAUAGGCCUCAGGGAAAGCCACCCAAAGAAGACAAGCUCGGCGGGCUGUUUGGUAAGAUCCAGGGCGCUGUUGCAGAAAUCGGAACCGAUCUCGGCCAGCGCAUAGGAACCGCGCUCGACCCAGAGGCGUAUGCCGAAUAUGGACAGGUAAAGCCACAGACACAGCACAGAUUCGGCAGUUUCGCCCCGGACCGACAGGGCAACGAUGUCAAGUGGUAUGUGGACGGAUGCUCUUACUUCUACGCCGUUUCAAAGGCGCUAGAGAGUGCGAGAGAAUCAAUCUGGAUCUUGGACUGGUGGCUGUCUCCCGAGCUUUACUUGAGACGACCCCCCACAAAGAAUGAACAAUACCGAUUGGAUAGGAUGCUGCAGUCAGCAGCGCAACGUGGGGUGAAAGUCAAUAUUAUCGUGUACAAGGAAGUCACCCAGGCAUUAACUCUCUCUUCUCAUCAUACCAAGCACUGUCUUGAGGACCUCCACCCAAAUAUUGCCGUGUUCCGCCAUCCCGAUCAUCUGCCGGACCGUCAAAACUUGGCCCAGGACAUCUCUGCGUCUCUCCACAACUUGUCCUUAGAUGCGAAAAGCCUUGUCCAAAUGUCGGGAGAUGCCAUCAAAAACAUCUACGGCAUGCACGACGAUGUUGUUCUUUACUGGGCACACCAUGAAAAGCUUUGUGUUAUAGAUGGCAGGAUUGCAUUCAUGGGAGGUCUAGAUAUGUGUUUUGGCCGUUGGGAUACUAACCAGCACGCACUCGCCGAUGUCCACCCGGAGGACGUAAAUGAGAGCGUGUUCCCAGGCCAAGACUACAACAAUGCCAGGGUCCUCGACUUCCAGGAUGUCUCACAUUGGGAGAAGAACCAGCUUGACCGAAAGACAGCCUCCCGCAUGGGUUGGUCUGAUAUCUCCGUGAGCUUGCACGGCCAUGUUGUGGAGGAUUUGCGGCGACACUUCAUCGAACGUUGGAACUUCAUCUACGAUACGAAGUAUAACUCGCGCAAGGAUGCGAGAUACUCCAGGCUCGCAUUGUACGGUCGACCCAGCUCGUCAACCCGCCCACAGCAGCCUGGUGCUCAGCAGCAACAGGGUACAUCUCCCCGGCCUAGCACUAGCAGCCAGGAAGCAUCUAGCUACCAGCAACCUCCCGCAUCGCCACGGCCGAAUCUGUCAACCAAGCCCCAGGCACAGACAGCGGGCAACCAAGCCUACCAGCAAUCGGCAACCUCGCCGCAGCCCGGCCUUUCAAGCUACUUUACUGCCUCCACAGCGAAUAACCAAGCUGCCUCUACUCCCCAGCAGCCUGUUUCUGGCUCCUCACAGUCUGCGGCUACCACCCAGAACUAUACUUACACUGGGCAAUCUUUCCCGCCUCCUCCUCCUGGGCCGCCACCAUCUCAGAGCCCUGUGCCAUCUCAGACACCCACUCAGGGGCAAAGCCAAACACCAUAUUAUGCUCCCCCUCCGACCCAGGAGCAAUCGGGACAAGACCAACCACCGCAGUACGCAGCCCACACUCCUCUCCCGACCCAGGAGAAGCCACACUAUCAAAAUGCAACUCAGGGACAGGGCCAAGCACCCGGACAAGACCAGGCAUCGUACUAUGCUCCCCCUCCGACCCAGGAGCAGCCGCACGUGCAGCCUGCCAAUCAAGGACAGGGCCAACCACCGCAAUAUACGGCCUACGCGACGCAGGGGCAGUCACACUCUCAAAAUGCAACUCAGGGACAGGGCCAGGCAUCGUACUAUGCUCCUCCCCCAGCCCAGGGGUCGUCGUAUUCUCAGACACCGACUCAGGGGCAAAGCCAAGCACCAUACUUCCCUCCUCCCCCGACCCAGGAGCCGGCGUACUCUCAAGCUCCAGCUCAAGCACAAAGUCAAGCACCACAGUACGCAGCCUACACUCCUCCCGCAACCCAGGAACCAUCGCACUCUCAGACACGUGGCAUUGAUGACCAUUACGAGGGCACGCGCGGACACGGUGACAGGGAAAGAGGCUCGGGACUCAUCCCCCGCCGUUUCCGAGAUGAGUUCACUCAGUACUCGAAUGUUCUUCGCGGUCAAUUGGCUGGCCAAGUCCAUCAGUACCAAGAUCGUCUGAGCUCAUUCGGACAACCCUCCCAGCCUCGCGGCAAUAUGUCCUGCCAGAUUCUCCGUAGCUCUUCUAAGUGGAGCAAUGGCACACCCACUGAACAUUCAAUUGCCGAUGCCUAUGCUGCGAUUAUCCGGAACAGUGAGCACUUUGUGUAUAUCGAGAAUCAGUUCUUCAUUACAGCUACUGGCGACGCCCAGAAGCCGGUCAAGAACCAGAUCGGUGCUGCGAUCGUCGAGCGUAUUUUACGCGCUGCGCGUGCCGGCGAGAAGUGGAAAAUGGUUGUUGUGAUUCCCUCUGUUCCCUGCUUUGCCGGUGAUCUGGCAGAUGACUCCACCCUUGGCACCCGGGCUAUCAUGGAGUUCCAGUACAACUGCAUUAACCGUGGGGGAAACAGUAUCAUGGAGCUGGUUGCUAAGGAGGGAUACAACCCUAUGGAGUAUAUCCGGUUCUACAAUCUCCGUAACUACGAUCGAAUCAAUGUCAGCGGUUCGCUCGUGCAAGCCGAGCAGAGGAGUGGCGUCGACUAUGAAGAUGCUCGCAAGCAGCAUGACGUUAAUGUUGUUGGACAGGGUGGCUAUGGCCCAGGAGCUCCCGCUCCCCGAAGCGCAUUCGAUACCACGGCUCCUUUCCAGCAGUAUCAGCAGGGUGCUCGCCAGGUUCCUGGCGCCAAGACUGGCUCUGGACGAUGGAACAGUGUCAGCUCGUGCUACAUGCUUAAUGGAGAGGAUAUCCGUAACGUCCCUUGGGAUGGCCCUCCUGAGGCCGAGAUUGACGCGUUUGUAACUGAGGAACUCUACGUUCACUCCAAGGUCAUGAUUGCCGACGACCGCGUGGUUAUCUGCGGUUCUGCCAACUUGAACGACCGGUCUCAGCUUGGCGAUCAUGAUUCUGAGAUUGCUAUUUUCAUUGAGGACUAUACUCCUAUUCAGUCCACCAUGAAUGGCAAGCCCUGGACCGCUAGCCGUUUUGCAGCUUCCCUGCGUCGCCAGCUGUUCCGCAAGCACCUUGGUCUUCUGCCACCACAAGACUACCAGCGCCCCGAUGCCAACUCGGAGCCGGUCGGUGUGCCCAACGACUUCGACUUUGACGCCCCUGAGAGCCGGCUUGUGGCAGACCCAUUGGCGGAUACUCUUCAAAGCCUCUGGAACAGCCGGGCGCACACGAACACUGAGGUAUUCCGCAAGGUGUUCCACUCUGUUCCGGAUGACUGCGUACGCAACUGGUCCACGUAUAAGGAGUUCUAUGGCUACUUCUUCAACAAGGCGGACAAGCAAGCGUAUGGCGAAGAAAAGGACUCGCCACCCGCCCGGUAUCGGUAUGGACACGUUGUGCGGGAUGACUUCCCGGGCGGUCCGGAGGGGGUUCGACAGGUCAAGGAACUGCUCAGUAAGGUCAAGGGCACGCUCGUAGAGAUGCCCUUGAUGUUCUUGAUUGAAGAGGACGUUGCGAAGUCGGGAUUGGCAUUGAACGAUAUUACGGAGCCGCUUUACACAUGA